AUAGUGUUUGGCUGGCAAUUAUCUUUUCUAAAAGAGGAGGAAGAAAAAAACACGACAAAAAAGGAUUUGUGAGAAUGUGGUUAACAUAAUCCAAAUCUUAAAAUCCUUCCCCUUCCUCCUUGUUUGUUGUUCAUUCUUCGUUUGGACCGGAUUUUUUUUAAAACACUGUUUAGAAAAUAGGAUCACUCGCUCACGUAACUAUUCUAUUAUAUUCUUCGUAUCAUAAUUUGUAUUUGUUUGUUUGUUUCUUCCUCUCAGUAGUUUUUAUGUUCUUUCUUUCCCCCAACUCCAACUGCGAGAAAACCCUCAAUCAAAUAUUCUGCUGUAGCUGGCUGGCCUUAACCAAAUCAUUCAUUCAGUGAGAAUUAGAAAACGGAUAUUCAUCGAAUUCCAAGUCUAAUAAUAAGUGCUUUGCUUAGGCCUUUGCUGUGCUCUGUCUGGUGGGGUUGCCUUUUCUUUUUAUUGUAGAAAAAGAAAGAAAACCGUGUGUAUGGGCCAUGGCAAACUUUGAUUCAACCAGGGUUUCUUAUUCUUCACUUUCUAAGGUUGUUGAAAAGGAUAAUAAUAAUGCCCAAUUCCACUAUAUUGAUGACUACACUGACUCUCCAUGGGACUCAAACUCAAAAAAGUCCUCUCCACCGGAUCACGUGUUUUAUGAGGAUGAUUUUGCUGUUGAUGGAGAAGAAGGAUAUGAUUCAAGCGAUGACACUCAUAAUUCAGUGCAACCUUAUAAUAAUAAUAAUAAUAGCAUGCAUCAUCCUGAGGUUAACUUGAAGAAUGUGCUCAAUGGUAUAUUUGCCAUUGUGACUGGCCGGGGCAAACUUCCAAGUUUCAUUUCAAAUCAGCAGUCGCUACUCCCUACUUCAAAUGUUUCAUUUCUUGGGUCUGCAAAGGAUGGUGAUUCCUUGUUGAACUCCUCCGUUUACAUACCUAGUGCCCCACCACUCCUUGAGCCCAGUGGAUCAAGUGGGGUUAAUUAUAGUGUUUACAAGGAUGUAUUGGAGGCUGAACCUCCUGACUGGCUGCCGGAUAGUUCUACUACAGUUUGCAUGCAGUGCACUGCUCCUUUCACUGCACUUACUCGUGGCAGACAUCAUUGUCGGUUUUGUGGAGGAGUUUUCUGCAAAGUAUGUACCAAGGGGAGGUGUUUGUUACCUGUUAAGUUCAGGGAGAGGGAUCCCCAGAGGGUCUGUGAUGCUUGCUAUGAUAGGCUUGAUCCAUUACAGGGUGUUCUUAUUAACAGCAUCAGCAAUGCCGUGCAAGUAGCAAAGCAUGAUGUGAUAGAUUGGACUUGCACAAGAGGAUGGUUGAAUCUUCCACUUGGUUUGUCUAUGGAACAUGAGAUAUACAAGGCCUCCAAUACUUUGAGAAGCUAUUGCCAGGUUGCUAGGUUGAAUCCUGACAAGUCAAUACCCUUAGCAAUUUUGAAAGGAGCAAAAGGCCUGGCAAUUUUAACUGUAGCUAAAGCUGGUGUUCUACUUUCUUACAAACUUGGCACAGGCUUGGUCAUUUCUCGAAGGUCAGAUGGAUCAUGGUCUGCCCCAUCGGCCAUAUUCUCUGUUGGUUUAGGAUGGGGUGCUCAGAUUGGAGGAGAGCUCAUGGACUUCAUAAUUGUGCUUCAUGAUUCAAAAGCUGUGAAGACAUUUUGUAGUCGCAUGCAUUUUUCUCUUGGUGCUGGUUGUAGUGCUGCAGCUGGACCUGUAGGGAGAGUGCUGGAAGCAGAUCUUCGUGCUGGAGAUAGAGGUUCUGGAAUGUGCUAUACAUACAGUUGUAGCAAAGGCGCAUUUGUGGGAGUGUCAUUGGAAGGGAAUGUUGUUGCAACAAGGAUGGAUACCAAUUUACGUUUUUAUGGUGAUCCUUAUCUCACCACAUCAGACAUUCUUCUUGGGAUGGUGAGCAGACCAAAGGCUGCUGAGCCCUUGUAUGCCGCACUUGAAGACCUAUUCUCCAGUCUACGGUGAUAAUUCCAGUUGUCUGCAAUUUGGCAUCUUUCUGAUGCAUGUGAAGCAUCCCCAUGACCAUUGGUGUAGAUCACUUUUCAGACGUGUCUGGAUUCUGAUACAGAUUCCUCAUUUUAGAUUUAUAACUGUAAAAAAGUUAUUUCGGAUUGUUUCGUCUUCUAUCUGUGUAAAGGGAUAUACUUAAUGCCACAGGAAACUUAGUCUAUUGUUUCUUUCUUAAUCCUAUACAUCUGUGAUUGUCAAACCGAUUAAGUAUAAUAUGAUGUAAAUAUACUAAGAUUCAUUGGGACUACUACAUGUAUAUAUGCAACAGAAUAAUAAAAAUUAAAUUUAGUUGGCAUGAAUCAAA